AUAAUUUAUUCUAUUAUGUACUGAUAUAUUAACUUUAUAUUUUAUUUCUUGGUGCAAUUUAGUCAGACAUUGCUUUAAUGAUAUAAAUAAAAAUAUAAAAGUUUAUUUUCAGCCGGAUUUCGGGAUGUACACAAAAUCAGUUAGUCAAUUCUUCUUUUAAUUAAUCAUAUUUAACCUCCUUUUUUUAGUAAAUUUAUUAUUUAGUUUUAAACUAAAUUUAAAAAAAUGUUAAAUCGAAUUCCGAAAUCAACAUACGUAAAUUUAAGGAAACUUUGUAGCUCAACUCAAGUCAAGCAACAACAAAUUGUACCGGAAGAAAACACAACAAAAUGUAUGAGGGAAGAAGUGUUAAAACAUCCAGAUUAUUUCAAUGUCCACAAUUUGUUUACUGUUAAGGAUUUGUUUGACGCAAGAGUUCAUUAUGGCCACAAAGAUGGAUCUCUAGACGAAAGAAUGCUUCCCUAUGUAUAUGGCAGUCGAUUGGGACAUAUUAUUUUCGAUUUAGAUCAGACAGCUGAAUAUUUAAGGAAAGCAUUGAAUGUCGCAGCUCAUAUAGCUUAUAAAGAUGGAGUUAUUCUGUUUUUCUACAAAGGAGCACAAAAUGCCCAUUUAGUAGAGCGAACAGCGUUAGAAUGUAAAGAAUUUGCCCACACAAGGUUUUGGAGAGGAGGAAUAUUUACUAAUUCCACAAAACAGUUUGGUUCUAUUACUCGACUACCAGAUCUAUGUAUUUUUUUCAGUACGCUGAACAAUGUCUUAGUACAACACACUGCGGUUAAAGAUUCUGCUAAAAUGUUGAUAACUACUAUUGGUGUUGUAGAUUCCAAUUGUAAUCCUAAUUUAAUAACAUACCCUGUACCUGGCAAUGACGAUUCUCCUUCAGCUGUUGAAUUAUAUUGUAAAGUUUUUAAACAUGCCAUUUUAAGAGGCAAAGAAAAGAGGAAGGAGCAUCUAGAGCAAGGAAUUUAUUAAUAUAAUUUAUGUAUAAGUCUAGCUUUUAGAAUAUAAAAGUAACAUUAAAA